GCGUCGCCGUCAGCCUCCCCUCAGCUUUACCAGACCCUUCGCUAAACCUUUCUGUUCUGUUUCUUUACGAUCCCAAAGUCAUGGAGGUGUCGAUGGACCCUUUGUUUUUGGCGUGGAGCUACUUCAGGAGACGGAAACUCCAACAGUGCUCAGACAUUUGCUCCAAAAUAUUACACGACAACCCAUACGACCAGGACUCCUCCUUAUGUGUCUCAGAGGCUGUAUGGAGCUUGAAAACCCGUGCCCUGACAGAGAUGGUAUACAUAGAUGAAAUUGAGGUCGAUCAGGAGGGCAUUGCUGAGAUGAUGCUGGAUGAGAGCUCCAUUGCUCAAGUAGCGCGCCCUGGAACAUCGCUGAGGCUCCCUGGAACAAGUCAGGGUGGGGGACCCACACCAGCUGUCAGGCCUAUGACACAGUCAGGGCGUCCCAUCACAGGAUUUGUGAGACCCAGCACACAGUCGGGACGUCCUGGGACGAUGGAACAGGCCAUCAAAACUCCCCGCACAUCAAGCACUGCCCGGCCUGUCACUAGUGCUUCUGGUAGAUUCAUCCGUCUGGGAACGGCUUCAAUGCUAACAAAUCCAGAUGGACCAUUUAUUAAUUUGUCAAGAAUAAAUCUUGCCAAAUAUUCCCAAAAGCCAAACUUGUCCAGGGCACUGUUUGAGUACAUCUUCCAUCAUGAAAAUGAUGUGAAAAAUGCUCUGGAUUUAGCUGCUCAAGCUACUGAACAUGCUCAGUUCAAAGACUGGUGGUGGAAAGUUCAGCUGGGGAAAUGUUACUAUAGGCUGAGUUUAUAUCGAGAAGCAGAAAAACAGUUUCGAUCAGCUCUCAACCACCAAGAGGUGGUUGAUACAUACCUCUACCUGGCAAAGGUUUACCAGCGCCUGGAUCAACCAAUAACAGCACUCAACCUUUUCAAGCAAGGCCUGGACCACUUUCCUGGUGAAGUCACCCUUCUAACAGGAAUCGCGCGGAUUCACGAGGAAAUGAACAACAUUUCAUCAGCCACGGAGUACUACAAAGAUGUCCUGAAGCAGGACAACACUCACGUGGAGGCUAUAGCCUGCAUUGGCAGCAAUCACUUCUAUACUGAUCAGCCAGAGAUUGCACUGCGGUUCUACAGGCGGCUGCUCCAGAUGGGCGUGUAUAACUGCCAGCUGUACAACAACCUGGGCCUGUGCUGCUUCUAUGCCCAGCAGUACGACAUGACUCUGUCCUCGUUUGAGAGGGCUCUGGCCCUGGUGGACAAUGACGAAGAGCAGGCCGAUGUUUGGUACAACAUAGGACACGUGGCUGUGGGUGUAGGCGACUUGACACUUGCUUAUCAGUGCUUUAAACUGGCUUUGGCUUUUAAUAAUGACCAUGCUGAGGCCUACAACAACUUGGCUGUGCUGGAGCUGCGUAAAGGCCGUGUUGAACAGUCUAAAGCCUUUCUUCAGACUGCUGCAUCGCUGGCCCCUCACAUGUAUGAACCACACUUCAAUCUUUCCAUUCUUUCUGAAAAGAUUGGAGACCUUCAGAGCAGCUACACCGCAGCUCAGAAAUCCGAGGACGCGUUUCCUGAGCACGUCGACACUCAGCAGCUUCUGAAGCAACUCCGGCAGCACUUUGCAGCGCUGUGAGGGGGUGAUUUCAGUGAUGUUGCUGAAGUGACGAGUUAGUCAGACAAGUUAAUUAGCAAUCAGCAAAUGGGCACCGUGUUGGUUUGUGCUUAUUUAUAAAAUUGUACAUAUGAACAAAAUUGCCAGUUUACAACAAUUAUACAACAAUGAUGCUUACAACUAAGCCUUUUACUGAAAGAUUAUAUGUCCAUAUACAUUAUACAGACACAUUAUAUGACUUUUUGUCUGAUAAAGUGAUAACACUGAUGUAAAUAUCUGUAAUGUAGCAAAAUGUGUGUAGACAGGAAAGAUUAAGAUACUCUUAUCGUCUUUUAUCUGCCUUGCUAUUUUGUGGACAUAAGACUUGACAAUAAAACAAUUCUGUGUUUUA